AUACUACAUCAAAUUCAACAACAGAAGCACCCACCUUGAAUACUACGGCUACGGCUGCAAAUACAACUGCAAAUAUGACUGCAAAUACGACUGCAAAUACAACUACAAACACAACAACUCCUAUAGCCACCACAACUGUACAAACAACAACUACAACUGCUGAGGCACAGACAAUAAGGCGAAUGACUUUCAGAUCUGUCGGAGAGACAUUUACAAGUGACUUGCUGAGUCCAUCAUCUGCAGCGUUUCAAAGUCGAGCUUCAGUGAUUAAGUCAACACUUGAACCUUUCUACAAACAAGCAUUUUCUACAUUCCGGUCCUUGACAGUGAUUUUCUUCAGUAAUGGAUCAAUCAUCAACACCAUGGACCUUACAUUUGCAUCUACAUCUGUUCCUAACAACACUCAAAUUGCAAACGUAUUGGUCAAUGCAGCUGCAAAUAUCACAGCCUUCAACAUUGAGACCACUUCCAUUUCUGUGGAUGGCACGCAGGUGUCAAGUGGAGUCAGCCAUAAGAUCAGUCUCAUCACUGCAUGCUGCCUGGUGCUGAUGUCAUGGCUGCUAUCAAGCCAGCAAUAGUGUCAGUUCUGAUGUCCAUGUGAAAUCCCAUUGGAAAAUGACUGUUAUCACUGGUAUGAAAAAGAAUACUGUUCUCAUCAAAAAGCUGAGAAGACAUCUGAGGAUCGCAAAUGCUACAUGGCCUGGAAAGACAUAGAACGAGAUAUUAAAUUAAAAACUGGGAUGACUACACACAAAUUCAAAACAAAAGUCGACUACAAUGACACAUCUCCUCUUGCAUUCAACCACUGCAGACCCCCCCAGUCAGAUUUAUAUUGAAUGUUGUGGCAUUCAUAAAAUAUAUGUCUGAACAGUGUCCUGAAUGAUUAUCCAGUUGAUUACCUUAUUUAUAUAUAUUUCUAUUAUCAGACAUAUGUGUAUUCUGUGAGCUUACCUGUAUUUUUGUUUAACUGUAGUAAAACAUAAUUUUCAAGAUGAUCAGGAUACAAAAAAAGUCUUUACGUCUAAAGUGGAUAUAAAAACAUGUAUCGUAUAACAAAGAUGUUUCAAUUAAAGGCACUUGAGAUAUA